GAUAUUCAUUAGGCAUUUUCUACAAACCACAUUUUGAAGUGAAAGUUGUCAUGGACUCUAAUCUCGGCUCUAAUACAGCUCAAAGCUCAAGAAUAGUCUCAUAGAAGCAAGCAAUGAGUGACAACGAGUUUAACUCUUUAGCUUCACAGCUACUGAAGGAUAUAGGCGUUCAAGACACUGAUACUCUGAACUUUUUCCAGACUAAACCUCACUCUACUGAUUGGAAGUCAUCUAUCAAAGUGCCCUUACCUCCCAAGCACAGACGUGCCUCUGGAACAGCACACACAAGGCUAGCUGCUAGAGCAUGGCAACAACCAAAUGGUACUCAGAGAAAGCCCAGUGGUGACCAAAAUGGUACCAACAAUGCUCCAAGAAAACUCAGUAGUGGUGACCAGAAUGGUACCAGCACUGCCCCAAGAAAGCUAAGUGAUGAACAGCAUAGUACCAAUAGCACUGCUCCAAGAAAUCUAAGUGGUGAACAGUAUGGAACCAACAGUACUGCUCCAAGAAAGCUCAGUGUUGAACAGCAUGGUGCCAACCCUCAACGAAGGCAUAGUGGUGAAAAGAUACUGAGAGCUCCACAGUAUUACAGCUCUAGCUCUGCAGGACAGAUCACAACAAGCAGUAAGCAGUCUGCAGGAGGAGGACCUGAUGGGAGGUUCGGAUACGGUGGCUCAACCACUUCUGCAAAUGAAACGCAUACUCAGCCAGUACAGACGGCUGUUACUAUCCCUACCAAAAGGGUCAUUGCUCGCCCUGCCCCCAAACCACCGACCCAGGUAAUAGCUGUCCAUGCCAAGAAGUCUGAGGCAGUUGUUCGAGUGACACCUGCGCUGAGGCAUUCUUCCAGUGCAGGUGCUGUAAUCAAUGGCAACCCUAGCUCACUGAGCAACAAGCCCUCAAAUGUCAAAGUUCCCACAUCCGUGCCCAGAGUUGAACCUAAGACUAAAUUGUUUGAUUCCAUAGAUGGGACCAAAGUUUCGAAAAUAACUUCUCCGGUUAAACCAAAGGAGCAACUGCGAAGGAUAGCGUCAAAUCCCGAUCAAUCCAAGAAUACAGAUCGAUCUAAGAAUACGACUUUUGAAGUGAUUGAAACAACACCAGCUUCGUUUCAUAUCGUAUCCACAUCAAGCCAUCGAAUUCUACACACUAGCGAAGAUGGAGCCAACACAAAAAGAAAGCCGUCACUUCGAACUGGUUACUACAACGACGACGCUCAACCGACGGCAAAAUCACAGCCGAUGAAAGCUGUACACCCUAUUGUUUCCAGACCCAGCAAGAGCCUCCCUACUCCAAAAAUCUUCACCCAGUUGAAGAAGAAGACUCAACCAUCUAGUGAUGUCAACAACAGUGGUGUGUAUGACAGCUUGAGCCCACCUACAUCACCUUUGAAACAGUCACCUACUCUAAUUGAAGGAGGUAUUACAUCCACACAAGGGGGGAUCAAGCAAUCAGAAGCACAGUCAUUAUCGGGUGCUUAUGACAAGUUGAGUCCAGUUGAGUUAGCUGCAAUCCGACAAAUCUCGCAGGAGGUUAGUCAAGAGAAGCCAGCCAGACAGAUAUACCGACGAGAAAGCACUGCUAGUAGUACGAACUCUGAUAGCUCUCAGUCGGACAGACAUCUCAAACAACCCACAACCACUGUCCAAAACCGCAAACCAAGCAAUCUUCCUGUCACCUCAGACAAAUCCGCAUCUAAGAGUCUGAAACAGACUCGAAGACACUCCUCUGCAGAUCCUUACUUACACAUCAAAAGCACUAAUGCCUCAACCUCUGCUACACAGGCACCAGCAGCGAAGGCUGGUGAUUAUAGACUUGAGAGAACCGUCCAAUCACCUUCAAGCUCUUCGACAGCCACACUGAGCUCUCCAGAACCACUUUCCGAUCGACAGACACCUGACAGCGACGAAAAAAGGUCACGAUUGGACAAUAUGAGCUGGUCUAAACAGUCCCUCGAUAGAAACAUGAGUGAAGUGGCCACAUCGACAGUGCACGCUCUAAGCACACUCAUGGAAGUGCUCACCCCCGAUCCAGCCUCCAAACUAAAUGACCAUCAUUUCGAGUACGAGGGUUCCCCAGUCCCUCUAAAUCCAAACUGGUAUGCGGAGACGGACGACUCGGAUAGUUCAAGUUACCCUCUCUCCCCCCUCUCCCCUGAGCUCAUUCCGACUAGCUCCAGUGAGCCCACCUCCAGCCCCAGGGUUAAGAGUCCUUUCACCACGUCUGUUAGCGACAAUUCAAUAUCCACCACCACCACCACCACCACCACCACCACUACCAAAUCCGAACCUCGGGUGGUUCAAAAGGUCAGGUUUGCCGAUAGUCCAGUAGAGAUUGUGGAAGAAAAGAAAACUCUAACAACAGUCAAACAAAAUGGGGUUAAUAAUGGAGUUAAAACCUCGAAUACAUCAAUAGAGAAAGAGAAAUCGAAAGAAACUCCUUCAAAGAUCCCUCCACAUACUAAGAACAAUAACAAGAGCAAGCCCCAGCAACAAAAAAUCAGCAAGAAGAAAGAACGUUCAUCAAAUCACAAAAUAACUCUGCCAGAAAGACGUUCACUCGAAGACCCUACCAAGAGCCAGGAGACUACUAAUGAUGUCGCCGUGAAUGGCCUGAGCAACGGGGAUUCAAGUAUCCAUGACUACGCAUUAAUUGAUCCUCAGCUACAUGACUACGCUAUCCUGGACCCGGAGUACCAUGCAGAGUUCUUUGGCUACUGUCAGCGUUGCACCAAGCCUGUGAUUGGGAUGAACAAUGGCUGCGUUGCUCUGGACUGUGUCUAUCACCUCAAGUGCUUCACCUGCUCAAAAUGCUCCACCCCUCUCUCUGGCUUCAACUUCUACACUGCUGACGACCAGGUCCUCUGUGAGGUGGACUAUUGGAGUUUGAUGGACACCUGCCACCUGUGCUCACUGAGGAUUCGAGAUCGGGUGCUACGAGCUCUGGACCGGUCCUAUCAUCCCGAUUGUUUCCGAUGCUCCAUGUGUUGUGAGUGCCUCGAUGGAGUGCCUUACAUCAGUGAUGCGGCAGGGGUGGUCUACUGCAUUGCAGACUAUCACAAGAAAUACGCUCCAAAGUGUAUAGUUUGUGAGGAACCCAUCGUUCCCGAGCAGGGUAAAUCCAGGAGCCUGAGAGUGAGAGCCCUGGACAAGAGCUACCACAUUGAGUGCUUCAAGUGCGAGUCCUGUGGCAAACAGUUGGCCAGCAAGUCUGGAGGUGGUGAAAAGAGCUACACUGUGGGGGAACACUUGUUCUGUGUACUCUGCAACAUGCUGCUAUCUUCACAGGGAGUCAUAACACAGUCUGAACAAAAUAGUUUUACUGGGACACGUACAGUAUUAUAGACUAUUACAUACUACUAUGUAACUAACUACGAGUUUCUAUCACUCAUGCAAUUGUGGGUGUUUUUUAACUGCAUUUAGCUUAAGGCUCAAAAUGUCACUUUUUAUUACAUUGUCCUCUACAUUUUGCAUGCACGGAAGAAAAAUUUUAAUGUCCUAUUUUAA